ACAAAAAAAUGUAAAAAUUUAUUGCAUCUGUAGAAUUGGAGAAGAACACGCCGAAUGUACUAUCAGACAAAAAUAAUCCACUGUAACCUUACCAGCCAUAAAAAACAAUCAAACGGUCAAAACAUCUCCUCCCACAAAGAUAAACCAUACAGCAGAUAAAAUCAGAUAACAAAUCUGAUAAACAAUCCAAUAACAACAACCUCAUGCGAAACACCGAAUCAUUUAUUACCCAAACACGCGAAAUUCGCACAGUACUUUUUUCGACAGUGCCGCGAGAAUGGGAGAUCGAAAAAACGUGAAGCGGGAACGUGAAAAGAAAAAAAACGAAAAAAACAAAAUGAAAAUAAAUAGUACGAAAAAUUAAUCCCGAAAAAUUCGGCAAUGGCGCUUCACCCUUCAACAACACCUUGAUAUUGGAGCUAUUAAUAUUAUUUGCAUCAUCAUCAUCACUUAAACUUUGUUCUUUUCAUUUCUCACUCUCUCUUUCCCUUUCUCUCUCUCUCUCUUGAAACCCUAGAAGCAAACCUUUCAGAAUUCCUUUUCCGUUUUUCGAAUGGUUGCGUCUUCGGAGAUUCGCGAUUCUGUUGCUAAUGUUGACUGUGGUGGUGGUGGUGGUGUUGUUCCGAAGGUUUCCGGGAAGAAUGAGGUUAGCUCAACGGUGAAGAUAAAGGUGAAAUUUAGUGGAAAUAAAACCGAUUCGACGGAAACUUUACCAAUGCAGAAUCGAAGAUCGAGCUCGAGAAUCCAAGCUCAGCUGAAAGAAGCUGAGGAGAAACAGCGUCGCCGGAGAGCUGAAGGUUUAGCUGAUGAAGAAAAACCUGUUGAGGUUGAGACUCCGCCGAGGUCGAAAAAGCGCGUUAAGAAAAGUACCGGCGAGGUGACUGUUACGAAAAGUCCAGGCGAGGUGAGUGUGAGUAAGGAAGGUGUUUCCGAGAACAAGACGACGAAGAAGGAUGAGGUUGUUUUGGAGAAAGAGACGAAGAAGAAGGAGAAGAAAUCUGCAUCGUGUGUGAAACGUGAGCUGAUGGAAGUUCGUCAUCAGAAGAUAACGGCGGAGUCGGAAAAUGCGGUUGCUGAAAACGCAGCUGGUGGUGCAUUAGGUGAGAAGAGCUUAACUGCUAAGGUGAAGGAGACGAUUAGGGUAUUUAAUAAACACUAUCUUCAUUUGGUUCAGGAGGAGGAAGAGAGGGUUGCUAAAGCGAAAGCAGAAGCUGAGAAAAAAUGUGCUGGGAAGAAAUCUGCUAAAAAAUCUCCCAAGAAGAAAUCUACUAAAAAUUCUCCGGAGAAAAAAUCUCCUAAAAAAUCUCCUGAGAAGAAAUCAGCUAAGAACAACACUGAACCUAAAGAAAAAAAACAUGCAGCCAAGCGACCUGAUCUGAAGGCCUUAACAAAGAUGUUGAAGAAUAACGAGAUACUGUAUCCUGAGAAGAGAAUUGGCCAUAUUCCAGGUAUUGAGGUUGGCUAUCAGUUUUAUUCUCGUGCUGAAAUGGUUGCAGUUGGUUUUCAUAGCCACUGGUUAAACGGUAUUGAUUAUAUGGGCCAAAGUUAUACCAAAGUGUACAACGACUACCAAUUCCCAAUUGCUGUGGCCAUUGUUUUGUCAGGCAUGUAUGAGGAUGAUCUUGAUAAUGCCGAGGAUGUUGUGUACACUGGUCAAGGUGGGCAUAAUCUGACUGGUGAUAAGCGUCAAAUGCGAGAUCAAAAAUUGGAGCGGGGAAAUUUAGCACUCAAGAACUGCUCGGAGCAGAGCGUACCAGUUAGGGUGAUUCGAGGUCAUGACUCUACUAGCAGUUACACUCGGAAAGUGUAUACAUAUGAUGGCCUGUACAAGGUUGUCAAUUAUUGGGCGGAGAAGGGAAUAUCGGGCUUCACUGUUUAUAAGUUUCGGCUUAGGAGGAUUGAUGGACAGCCUACAUUAACAACACAACAGGUUUAUUUCACAUGUGGGCGUGUACCUCAGACUGUAGCAGAAAUAAGAGGGUUGGUAUGUGAGGAUAUCACUGAAGGUCAGGAAGAUGUGCCCAUCCCAGUUACAAAUUUGGUUGAUGACUCCCCUGUUCCACCCAUAGGUUUCAAAUAUUUAAAGUCUCUGAAGGUUGCAAAAAAUGUUAAGAUUCCUGCAAAUGCCUCUGGGUGCAAUUGCAAAGGCAUGUGUAUUGAUCCAAGAACUUGUGAAUGUGCAAAGCGCAAUGGCUCUGAAUUCCCCUAUGUAUCCAGGGAUGGUGGCAGAUUAAUUGAAGCUAAAGAUGUUGUGUUUGAAUGUGGUCCCAAUUGUGGUUGUGAUCCUGGUUGUGUGAACCGAACUUCUCAAAGAGGACUUCGAUAUCGUCUUGAGGUUUUCCGUACUGCAAAGAAAGGAUGGGCUGUUAGAUCUUGGGAUUUUAUACCUUCUGGUGCACCAAUUUGUGAGUACACAGGAGUACUUGGUAGGGCAGAUGAUGUAGACAGUGUGUUGGAAAACAACUACAUUUUUGAGAUAGAUUGCUUGCAAACAAUCAAGGGACUUGGUGUAAGAGAGAGGCGGUCACAAAAUGUAGCAUAUGCUGCAAAUCUGUUGGACAACUAUGAUGGCCAAGAUUCUGAAGCACCAGAGUUUUGUAUUGAUGCGGGAUCCACUGGAAAUAUUGCUAGGUUUAUAAACCAUUGUUGUGAGCCUAAUUUGUUUGUACAAUGUGUUUUGAGCACACACCAUGAUUUGCGAUUGGCUCGAGUUAUGCUGUUUGCUGCUGACAACAUUCCCCCUUUACAGGAGCUGACAUAUGACUAUGGCUAUGCCCUUGACAGUGUCUUGGACUCUGAUGGGAAGGUAAAGCAAAUGGCAUGCUAUUGUGGAGCUUCCGGCUGCAGGAAGCGGAUGUUCUAAAUCUCUCGCCCCUUCUGGAGAUAUGAGUAGUAGGUAUAUUCUGUCAAGAAAAAAAGUAGUAGGUCCUUCCUUUAACAAUUAUUAGAGCAUCGUUUUGUGUCAAUCAACCCAAGGUCCUCCUAAAACUUCAAGUUAAUAGUGCUCUUGUUAAUACCAGGUUGACUUGCAGUAUUUAUUGGGCUAUAGAAAUGAAAUUGUAAUUUUUCUAUGUAAAUUCAACAGCCCUGAUUUUGAACUGCUCAAGUUUAUUAUUUGGGUGCAGCAAUUGAACAGUACCCAAGGGAAGCAAAUCUCAUUAGUUAAGCUAGAAUAUAAGAAUUAUUACUCCAGUUUGAGUAUUCUAUAAAUUAAUUUACAUUUA